AUGGCCGAAAGAGUUGAAAAUUAUCUAACACAAAAGAAGAAUUCGUCAAAAUCUCCAGAUGUUGCUGAAAUCUUUCAAACUUUUGAGAAAGCAUACACCAAAAAGUAAGUUCUUGCUUUACGAUUUAAUUUUCUGUGUUUUUAAGGUCUUGCUUAGCUAAAGAUUAAUUUUUAGGUUAUGGCAUCAGUUGACUACUGAUGUUAAAAAUGCUUUGUCGAAUCAAAAGUUUUUGGCUGAAGUAGACUUGAAAGAAUUGUAUGACAACUUCAUCCACGAAUUUGAGCUCAGGAUCAACCCAUUACAACUGGUCGAGAUUUCAGUGCCUAUUGCUAAAUUUAUCUUUGCUAAGAGUAAGUUAAUUUAUGUUAUGGUUGAUGUUAUGUUUAGGUCCCGAAGAGUCUUUCAAGUUCAUACAGAAUGUGAAAAAGGCAAGCACGGUGGCGAAAGACAAACAGGCUCUGGUUCGUGCUGAAAGCGCUGAAAUCGAACUCCAUUUGAAUAACAAAUCUGGAGGUAAAUGCGCAAACAUCGCCGAGAUCCGAGUGAGUAAUCUUAUUGUAAAGAAGAUUUAUUUCUCGUAAUUAGAGGUGGCUGUUGGCCCGUUACGGACACAUGUCUUGUGUAUCAAAAUUAAAAAUUUUUAGUUAUAAUGUGUUUUUGUUUCAGGGCAUGAUUGAGGCUACUCAAGCUAAACUGGAGGAAUUGGUUGGUGUAACCCCUGUUCACGCCACCUUCUACAAAGUAUCGUCGUUGUACUUGAGAGAAAUAGGUAACCACGCUGCCUACUACAGAGAAGCUUUACGGUAUUUGGGUUGUGAAGAUUUGACUAAACUGACAGAAGAAGAAAAGAGAAUGCAAGCUGUCUUGCUAGGAUUUGCUGCCUUGUUGGGCGAGAACAUAUACAACUUUGGAGAAUUAGUAAGCGCUAUGAAUGAUAACUAAAAUAUUUUUUUAGCUAGCUCAUCCCAUUUUGAAGUCACUUGAAAAAACUUCGGAGGAAUGGCUGGUACAGCUUUUGUACGCUUUCAAUUCUGGAGAUUUGGAGAAAUUCAGAAACUUUGAGGCCCAGUGGAAACAAUGGCCUGAUAUUGUGCUGCACAUGGAAUUGCUGGAAGGAAAGAUUCGUUUGUUGUGUUUGAUGGAGGUCGGUUUCAACUAUAUUUUAAAGAUAUAUUCUAUUUUAGAUUUCUCUGGCCCGUCCAUCCAAGGAACGAUACAUUACCUUUUCGGAGAUUUCACAGAAAGCCCAUGUGGCACUGAACAAGGUCGAGUUCUUGGUGAUGAAGGCAUUGUCUAAAGGGCUAGUCCGGGGAUCAAUCGAUCAGGUGGAGGGAAUCGUGAACAUAACUUGGGUACAACCUCGUGUAUUGUCACCCGACCAGAUCAGAGCGAUGGCAGAAAGAAUGUCAGAGUGGAAGAAGGAUGUUGAUGGUAUGGAAGGAAUUCUUCACGAAAAUGCAAGAGAAAUCCUCGUCAAAACUUAA